AUGGACCGCUUUAUUUCUAGGAAGAGGCCACGGGUGAGCUCGCCCGUUGAGCGACAGAGCCAGAGCCUCGACGAUGAUUCCACUGACGUCAAAUUGGCAAUGCUGUUAUCACUCUUUCCCGACAUCGAACAAGAUACAUUACUAGAUAUACUGCUCUCGAGUGGGGGAUCUGUGGAGGACGCUUCUUCUGUGAUUAACGCUCAACUUGCAUACAAACCGGUCAAAAAGCGAGCGAACGGUGUUACGGCCAUUCAAACGUCCUUGACCUCGCAUAUUACAAAUGACACAGGACAGCCACCGAAGAAGCAGCUCACUCGGAAAGGGAAGACGCUGCAUCUCUUCUCCCCGGAGGAUGUCGCUGCUCAUACCCCAUGUACGAUCAUCCAUAAUUUCUUGCCCCCAGAGGAGGCGAAUGCGCUACUCCAGGAACUCUUGAACGAGUCAGAGCACUUUUCGAGAUACCGGUUCCAGCUGUUUGAUCGUACAGUCGAGAGUCCUCAUACAAGCUGUAUAUAUGUCUCCACGCCUGAAGAGUUUCGCCAGCAAACAUCGGAGUACACCUAUGGUGGCACAUUCCGCUCCAAUGUGCGUCAGCUUACACCACACUUGCGUGCAGUCUCUGCCAGGGUUCAACAGGCAGUGAACGACGAGGCCCAGAAGCGGAUGCAAGCAUUUUAUCCUGGGGGGAAGAAACUUAGGUACCAGUCACCCAAACAGUGGAUGCCCAAUGCGGCAUUUGUCAACUGCUACGAUGGCCCCGCAGAGAGCGUGGGUUACCAUUCGGACGAGUUGACCUAUCUUGGCCCACGAGCUAUCAUUGGAAGCUUGAGCCUAGGAGUUGAGAGAGAAUUCCGGGUUCGACAGAUAGUGGCGGACAACGACGAUGAGGAUUCUAAAAGCGACACUUCUCCGACCCAAGCGACAGCAGAAUCUCCAUCGAAACGAAGAGCAGCGCCGAAAGGUUCGGAUUCCCGCGCUGAUGCGCAGGGACAAGUCUCCAUCCACCUCCCACAUAAUUCUCUGCUUGUGAUGCACGCUGAGAUGCAGGAGGAGUGGAAACAUGCGAUUGCACCUGCGCAAACCGUUUCACCACAUCCUUUGGCAGGUAACCGGCGCAUCAAUAUAACCUAUCGCUGGUUUCGCGAUUCUUUGCAUCCACGUAACAUCCCUCGCUGUCGGUGUGGCUUUCAUGCUGUCUUGCGGUGUGUGCAACGUAAACGUGAGAACAGAGGGAAGUACAUGUGGAUGUGCUAUGCAGGAUAUACACCAGGAACGAAGGGUUGCACAUUUUUCCAAUGGGCUGAGUUUGACGAUGAUGGGGAACCUCUCUGGGAGAUUCAAUCCGCGAAAGACGAGGCCCCUACGUUGCGCAAUUUCGUUGCAGAAGAGCACAAGCAAUAG